AUGGUCGGAGAUACAUCACCGGAUUCUGAGAAGGACGACGCCGUGCGCGGAUCUCAUGGCGGAGAUGAAGCGACACGGGUCCUUACGGACGAUCUCUUCAGGGACACGACCAUUCCCCCUUUGCGCUUUUGGCUACUAAGCGUCGGUAUUUGUCUCGGUUUGUUCAUGUCGAUGCUUGAUUCCUCUAUCGUCGCGACUAGCUUAUUCACCAUCGGCACGGAGUUCAACGACUUGGAGCGUAUGAACUGGGUCGCUCUCUCCUACACCCUUUCGUACCUGGGCUGUGCUGUCUUCUUCUCCCGCAUGACCGAUGUCAUCGGCAGACGUGAUGCUUUCCUAGUUGCUUUCGUCAUCUUCUUCGCAUUUUCGCUCGGCUGUGGCUUCUCUCAUAGCAUGGACACGCUCAUUGCUUGUCGAGCUCUCCAAGGGGUUGGCGGCUCUGGGUUGUAUUCGGUGACUAUGAUCACCCUUCCCGAGCUCAGCCCUGAUCGCCUUAGAAAGUGGAUUGCGAGCAUCAUCGGCAUUGUUAUUGCCAUGGCCGGUGUUUUGGGGCCUGUUCUAGGGGGCAUCUUAACAGAAUACGCCUCGUGGAGAUGGGUCUUCUGGGUCAAUGGUCCCAUCGGUGCUGUUUCAAUGGUCCUCUUCUAUCUGACCUGGCCCAAGAAAGAGUUUCUCCCCAAUAUCGAAAAGAGAUCAUGGAAGGAUCUGGACUUCCUAGGCUCCUUUCUUGUCAUAGCUGCGCCGAUGCUGGGGGGUGUUGCCAUCGGAAGCUCUAUGGGAGGAGCCAUUAGUGGCAAGAAGAAUCGCAUUUUCGAGACUCUUGUCGCCGCCACGAUUUUGAUCAUGGUUGGAUGCGCGUUGGAGACGACAGUCUCUGAUUCUUACAAUUUCGAGCCGAAAGUUCUAGGCUUUCUGGUCUUCAUAGGCUUUGGCUUCGGCUUGUCUGCGUCAUCCUCAACCAUGAUGACCGUCAUAGAAGCUUCGAUCCAAGACCAUGCCCCUGCGCAAGGCAUCUUGGCACAGACCCGUAUUUUUGGGGGUAGUAUCGGCAUCGCAUCAUCUUCAGCCAUCCUAGGCGUGAAGCAAAGAACUCAGCUUGGCGGAGUGGUGUCCUCGUCGGCGUUGACGGGCGGCACUCAGGACCUCACGUCGACGCAACUGAGUGCCAUCCGCAAGGCAUACAACGACGCUUUCACCGAGACGAUGAUGGUAUGUGCUAUUGUCGCCGGAGUUGGCAUUCUGCUCACCUUGGGCGUCUAUCGACGGAACCGCAUGACGAUAGAGGAACAACGUAAAGAGCAGAUAAGAGAAGAGACGGAGAGACGGAAGGCACAAAGGGAUACUGUCUUGACGACUUCGUCGGGACAGUCUGUUUAG